CAAUCAUUCGUGUUCGAAGUGGUUGUGAGUUGAGUUGAGUAGUGCCUGGUUAAAUUUCAUGGUUUCAUGCAUGGAGGCGACGUGUCAAGUUUGAGUUUCACUUAGCUAAAACUUUCAUAGUUGUGAUCUCAGUUGAUAUCAUGGUAAAGGUGGUUUUCCUGCACCCUGACCUGGGCAUUGGAGGCGCCGAGCGUCUGGUGGUGGACGCUGGGCUUGCCCUGCAGCAGAAGGGUCACCUGGUGCACUUUGUCACAUCGCAUCAUGACCCUGGCCACUGCUUUUCGGAGACCAGGGACGGCACCCUGAAGGUUACCGUGGCCGGCGACUGGCUGCCAAGGAGCAUGUUCGGCCACUUUUACGCACUUUGCGCUUACCUGCGUAUGGUCUACGCCGCCAUCUACCUCGUCCUCUUCAGCAAACUCGACCCUGAGGUCGUCUUCUGUGAUCAGAUCUCCGUCUGCGUGCCCGUGAUCAAACUGCUGAGCACCGCAAAGGUUCUCUUUUACUGCCACUUUCCAGACCAGCUUCUGAGUAAGCCAGGUGGCCGUCUGAAGCAGCUGUACCGUGGUCCGUUGAACUGGUUGGAGGAGAGCACCACCGGCCAGGCAGAUGUGGUCAUGGUCAACAGCAGAUUCACUUCAGGCGUCUUCUCAGACACCUUUCCACGACUGCGUAGUGUCCAGCCCAAGGUGCUGUACCCCUCACUCAACACGGACUUCUUUGACACUAAGGUGCACUUGGACCUGGCGGAGGUAACAGGGGUUAAACUGCCCAAGAACGUGAUACUGUUCCUCUCCAUCAACCGCUAUGAGCGCAAGAAGAACCUUGGGCUGGCUGUGUCGGCACUGGCCCACAUGCAGAAGAACUUGGACGAGCCAACCUUUGCCAAGGUGCACCUAGUCAUGGCCGGUGGUUACGACAACAGAGUUGAUGAGAACAUCCAGCACUUUGAAGAGCUGCAGCAGCUAGUUGAAGAACAUGGCCUUCAGGAAAAGGUGACGUUGCUCCGUUCGCCUUCAGACGAAGCCAAACUUGUGCUCUUGCGGAGCUGCGUUGCGCUGGUGUAUACCCCUGAAAAUGAGCACUUUGGCAUUGUGCCCCUGGAGGCCAUGUACCUUGGUCGGCCCGUGAUAGCGGCUAACAGUGGAGGCCCCAAGGAGACCGUGGUGCACGGCCAUACUGGCUUUUUGUGUCCACCUGAGCCCCAGGGAUUUGCGGCGGCCAUGGUUAAAGUCGCUAACGGUGAGAUAGGUGACUUGAGUGAACAGUGUCGCGAUAGGGUCAUCAAGAAUUUUUCAUUCCAAGCGUUUACCAACGAUUUAAACUCCAGUGUUUGUGCGUUGAUUGAACAGUCUAGUUGAUAUAUAAAACUUUAAUGCAAUAGUUUGAGUUUUCUACGUAAAUUAUCGCAUGUGAUGUGCGAAUAUAAAUAAUAAAAUGGAAAAUUAAAACCAAAUAAAUAUAUACUUUGCAACAUUUCCUUUAUUCGAUCACUUAUUGAUUAGAGUAACAGAAAACAAUGAACAGAAGACUGAAAAUUUAUGAUGAUGUGAAAGCAGUGUGGCAUGCAUCCAUCUUUAUAGAACGGAAAAAAGGCUUGAAACUAUUAUGCUGUGCAUUUGCAUUAUUUUCAGUAUUUCUUCCAUUUGCAGAAGUUAGUCAUACUGUCGAUAAACAUCCACAUAAAUAUCAUUUUCACCGUUCUGAUUUACACCAUCAACCAAUCGCAGUUAACCAAUAAAUAUAAAACUACAUGACAAAAA